AGAUCCGCACAGGGGUACGAACAGUCGAGCGGCUUCUAAUUAAAGCCCCGCGCGGAGCCCUCGGGGACCGGCCUGACGUCGGCGGGCGCGGGGAUAAGAAGCGGCCGCGGUCGGAGCGCAGCCCAAGCAGCCGCGCGUCCAGCGCUCCGAGCGGGCGAGCCUCCGGGUCUCCGUCCCCGCGCGUCCUGUGCGCUCCGCACGCCGGGUCGCCGCGGGGCAUGGAGUAGCGGGGCGCGCGGCCGCUCCGGGACGCGGGAGCGGACACCGGGACAGAAGCCGCAGACGCCCGCGGCUCCGGGACUCGGGGACAGCGAGCCGAGCUCCCUCCGGCCGAGCGAGCGCACGAUGCGCGGGCCUGGGCGCCCCCUCCUCCUGGGGCUGCUGCUCGUGCUGGGGGCGGCGGGGCCCGGGGUGGCCGAGCCCCGGGAGGCGGCCGACAGACAGACCCUGCUGCGGCUCAUCGUGGAGAUCCUCCAGGAGCUCAGAAAGUACCAUUCGGGCGAGUCGAAGAGACUGCACCUCUUGGGCCAGCACGACUACACUCUGGGCCGCAGGGAGGUCUCGGACUACCCGGCUUAUCCCGAGGAGCAGAGAGUGGAAAUUGUGCCUCGAGAUCUAAGGAUGAAGGACAAGUUUCUAAAACAUCUUACAGGUCCUCUUUAUUUCAGUCCAAAGUGCAGCAAACACUUUCACAGACUUUACCACAACACCAGAGACUGCACCAUCCCUGCAUCAGUGAGCAGAGCUGCCAAGGACCAACAGCCUAUGAACCAUGAGAAGUGCCUUGGAAAUCAACAGGGAACAGAACCUGCUACCUUCGCGAACACAUCCCCUUGUGAACAAGAGAUUUAUUUUUGCAGACGGACUCUUCCAAAAACCCUUUAACUUGAGUUUUGUAUGUUGUGGACACUGUUGGCAAAUACAUACUCAGUUACUCAGCGUACCUGACAGUAACACUUGCCAUUCGUGGUUUUGGGGGAAAAGGCGAAUGCUCCACAUUUGAUGUGUAGUGCUAUAAAAUGACAGACAAAGCUAUUUCACUCUCCUGAUUAGGUGAAAUCUCAAAGAGUAUUUCUUUAGAAACAUAAAUAGAAGCUGAAACUAUAUUUUCAUAUAGCAUAUGGUAUGAUUUAAUAUUUUUGUUACUCUUACAAUUAAAUUCCCAGAGCAUUAUUUGGAACUGCAUGGAAAAAAAAAACAAAAAAAAACUUGUCAUGUUUUGGAGAUAGUGGAGUAUAAGUCUGUGAACAUAUCCAGGCUAAUUUCAUUUGUUCUUUCUAUCAUAAAUGUAAGAUAGUAUCCAGAUAUUGUGCAAUAUGUAAAUACUGUAAAUAAAACAGGUAAUAAACGAAAUGUUUGUUAUAACGAA